UACAUAAAUCUCGAUUGUAGUUUGGGUCUUGCCACUACAAAAAAAAAAUUGAUUCUACCAGUGACUGAGAGGAACAUAGUUAUUGAUGGGCGUGGUUUCAGCGUUGCACGUGAAUGGAGGCGUGGGAGAAGCAAGUUAUGCUAAUAAUUCCUUAUUACAGCAAAAGGUGAUUACUUUAACUAAACCUACAAGAGAGGAAGCAAUAACUUGCUUGUACAAAGAAAGAGUCCCUCGAACCCUAUCAAUUGCUGACUUGGGCUGUUCUUCUGGACCAAACACUUUGUUUGUGAUUGGUGAACUGAUUGAAAUUGUGGAGAAGCUACGUAGAGACCUAAACCAUGAAUCACCAGAAUACACCAUCUUCUUGAAUGACCUCCCAGGCAACGAUUUUAACAAUAUCUUCAAGUCUCUUGAAUGCUUCAAGCAAAAGCUGAGUAGCCGAGUGAUAGGUGGGAUUGAUCAAUGCUACAUCACUGGGGUUCCAGGUUCUUUCUAUGGCAGAAUUCUUCCUACUAAUUCAUUGGAUUUUGUUCAUUCAUCUUCUAGUCUUCAUUGGAUGUCUCAGGUUCCCGAAAGUGUAGAGAACAAUAAGGGCAAUAUUUACAGUGCAAGCACAAGCCCUUUAGAUGUCCGAAAGGCAUACUACCACCAAUUUCAAAGAGAUUUUUCAUUAUUUCUCAAGUGUCGUGCUCAAGAACUUGUUGAAGGGGGCCAUAUGGUACUUACAUUGAUAGGAAGAAGUUGUGACGACCCAUCUAGCCACGAAUCUAACUACAUUUGGGAGCUUUUAGCUACAGCACUUAAAAAAAUGGUUUUGGAGGGAAUCAUAAAGGAGGAUCAGAUAGAUUCAUUCAACUUUCCUGUCUACUAUCCAUGCCCUUCUGAAUUGGAGUUAGAGAUCGAAAAAGAAGGGUCAUUCACUUUGAAUCGCUUGGAGGCAUUUGAUGUAAGUUGGAAGGCUGCAUGUGGUGAAGAACUCAAUGAUAAUAAUAGUGGAUUCAAAGUUGCACAGCUUAUAAGAGCUGUAGCGGAACCUCUACUUGCGAGCCACUUCGGAGAAGCUAUUAUGGAUGAUCUUUUUCUUCGUUACCAGUGUAUAAUAGCUGAUCAUUUGGUGAAGGAGAAAACUAUGUUUGUCUUUCUCACCUUAUCUUCGACCAAAACAAUUUGAAAGAAGCCAACAUAUAUGGUUACGUUCUAUAAUAUAUUGGCAAUGUGUAACGAAUAAACCAUCUAUCUGUCUUCAUUUCUCAUUCUGGGAUUGUGUCUGUUUGAUUUUAAUUGGUCUGGUCAUGGCACCGAUCGGUUCAAAAGUCAAUAGUUGAACUAUGAUUAAAAUAUACAGUUGUAAUUAAUAUUAAAAUAAUACGUUUUUAAUUUUAGAUAUGUUAAAUUAUGUGAGGUAGUGUUAUUUGCU